UGCCUGCUGAUGCUGGCCUACAAGGACAAAUCGGAGCGUGCCAGGGGCCUGCGGGAGCGCAGCAGCCUGACCCUGGAGGACAUCUGUGGCCUGGAGCCCGGCCUUCCCUACGAGGGCCUGGCCCACACGCUGGCCAUUGUCUGCCUGUCCCAGGCCAUCAUGCUGGGCUUUGACAGCCGCGAGGCCAUGUGCGCGUGGGACGCUCGGAUCCGCUAUGCGCUCGGUGAGGUGCACAGGUUCCAUGUGACAGUGGCUCCAGGCACCAAGCUGGAGAGCGGCCCGGCCACCCUGCACCUCUGCAAUGACAUCCUCGUCUUGGCCAGGGACAUCCCUCCAGCCGUCAUGGGACAGUGGAAACUGUCAGAUCUCCGACGCUACGGGGCCGUGCCCAACGGAUUCAUCUUUGAAGGCGGGACCAGGUGUGGGUACUGGGCUGGAGUCUUCUUCCUGUCCUCAGCCGAGGGGGAGCAGAUCAGCUUCCUGUUCGACUGCAUUGUCCGAGGCAUCUCCCCGACCAAGGGCCCCUUUGGGCUGCGGCCGGCCCCCCCAGACCCAAGCCCUGGCGGGCCCUCGGCCUUGGAGGAGCGGGUGGCCCAGGAAGCCCUGGAAGCCCUGCAGCUGGAGAAGCGACUCAGCCUCCUCUCCCACUCAGGCCGGCCGGGCAGCGGAGGCCCUGGCGGCGGGGCAGCCGGGGACGUGGGUGGCCAUACGUCCACCGGGGGUCCCUCUGGCCGGCUGGGCGCGAGACAGCGGGGACAGGCGACGGAGACCGCCCCAGGCAACGAGGCCGUGCGUCCCAGCCCGGCCCCCAGCGAGCCCUGGGAAGCGGGCGGCCCCCACGCCGGGUCUCCUCUGGCUCUCUUUUCGGCCUGUCCAGUCUGUGGCGGACUCAAGAGGCGAGCUCUGGAGGGUCGGGCUCUGGGGUCACAGAGCCCGGAGGCCCAGCGGCUCCGCUUCUUGUUGCUCACCCUCGCCCAGAGGCCCGGGUGCUGGGGUCAGGCGGGCACUGCGGCUCUGACGGCCGGGCCGUGCUCUGGGGUGCCGCGGCCGAGGGCCCGCGGCUCCAGGAGCGGCUUCCCAAAGCAGCCGCUGUUCCACCCAUCGGGCUCGCUAGGGUCAGCGUGCCCGGCCCUGCGGAAGCCUGCUGGCUCUCUCCUGAGUCUUCCUGCUGGGACCAAGAGCCACACCGGGGGAGGCUCCAGGCCCUGCCCCCGGGGUCGCCGGCCCCAAGCUCAGCCCCCUGGGUUGGGGGCUCCCUGCUCGGUUCCCCUGCGUCGGAGGCGUGGCCGGCGUCCUCCCACGCUGGACCCCUGGCAGGCCUGUCUCGCGCCGUCCGGGGGAGCGGCUGCCUCACCCCCUGGACAUGUGACAACAUCUUCAGGAUCCCCGGGGCUGCGCGUGGAGGCGCCCGCCUACGUGAACAUCCCCGCCAGCCCCUCCUCCAAGAAGCAGUUGCACUACCUGGGCCUGGAGCUCCCCGAGGCCGGCGCGGGCGUCCGAGGGACCGGCGCCUCCCGCUACGCCCAGAUCGACAUCACGGCCACCGAGACGGCGCACCGAGUGGGAGCCCUGCACGUGCAGGCCCGCGAGCAGCGGCUGUCCGAGCUGGAGCAGAGAAGGAAGGGGGCCCCACAGUGA